CUCCGCCACCGCCAAGCGAAUCCCAUCCCCCAAAUUCCAAAUUCCGCCGCGAUCCCUAGCGAGCGAUGAAGAAACCUAACCCUCCCCCCUCCAAGCCCUCCUCCGCCGCCAAGCCCUCCGCCGGCAUGGCGCCGCGCAAGUCACGCUGGGGCCCGCCGCCCGCCGGCUCCGCCUCCGGCCCCGCCGGAGACAAGGCCGCGUCCACCUCCCGCCGCACCCCGAGCCCCAACCGUGCCUCCAACGCCAGGCGGCACCCCGCUCCUCCCGCCUCCGCGCCGCAACCCCGCAACCCCGCGUCCCCGGUGGCCGCCGCCCGCCCGCCGCCGCACCAGCAGCCGCGGGUGGAGACGCCUCCCCCGCCGCCCUACGGCUUCAACAACCUCGACCGCCGCACCGUGCACCUGGCCGACGGCACCGUGCGCACCUACUUCGCCCUGCCCCCCGACUACCCGUUCGAGCCCGCCCCCUUUCCCCAGCUCCCGCACUUCCCGCGUGCCGGACCCGAGGCCUGGCCGCCGCACCAGCCACCGCCGCAGCAGCAGUUCCCGCCGCACGACAAGCGCAGGCACCCCGCCGACCCCGAGGAGGGCUUCUCCAGGCACCCGAAGCAGCCCCGGUUCGAGCCGCCGCCGCAUCAACCGUCGCAGAUGCAGCAGCCCCCGGUCGACCCGCAAGCGCUUAGGAAGGCGUUCCUCAAGUACUCCAAGAUGCUCAAUGAGAAUCCCGCCCAGAAGCGGAGCUACCUUGAAGGCGGACUCGUCCAAUGUCUCCCCUGCGGCAGGUCUUCUAAGGACUUUGCUGAUGUGCACGGGCUUGUCAUGCAUGCUUACAACCCACCAAAUGCAGAUUCAUUCGUUGAUCAUCUUGGUUUACACAAGGCAUUGUGUGUCCUUAAGGGAUGGGAUUAUACAAAAGUCCCUGAUAACUCUAAGGCAUACCAGUCGUUACCUCCUGAUCUUGUUCGAGCAAAUAGGGAGGACCUUAUUUUAUGGCCCCCAACUGUUAUCAUUCGUAACACUGCCACUGGGAGGAAGAAAGAUGGACGCUCUGAGGGUUUGGGAAACAAAGAAAUGGAUAAGAAAAUUGCAGAACUAGGGUUUGCUGGUGGCAAGUCGAAGUCCUUGUAUGGAAAACAAGGGCAUUUGGGUCUGACACUUAUCAAGUUCGCGAACAACCCAUCUGGCUUGAAGGAGGCUGAGCGCCUUGCUGAGUUUCUCGAGAAGCAAGAUCAUGGACGUGUAGGUUGGUCACGUGCACAGGCCACUCAUAACUUAGACCCUGAUACAAACCCUUUGCUGGUUGAGACUGAUAACAGGGGUGAGAAAAAGAGAAUACUUUAUGGGUGCCUAGCAAUUUCCUCUGAUCUGGAUGAAUUAGACUCAGAUUCAAGAAAAAGGGCUACUGUCAAGAGCAGAAAAGAAUUUGACCCAUCUGAUUAGUCUCCUCACAAAGGCCCACCAUCCCGCCAGUUUGUUUAAUUUGCAUUGAAACAUCUGUAUCUUCUGUCAAUUUCGAUUUCCUAGCUACAUGCUACUGCUGUGCUCCAGAUAUCUUAGUAUGGAUGCCCCUUAGGAUGCUUAUGGUCAUUAUAAUUAUUCCUGGGAUUUAUUUUGUAUUAAGUCUUUUCUGCCAGGCAUCCAUUGCUCACCUAUUGAAUGAUUAUCUGGAAGACUAAUUGUUCUUCCAAUUUGGUAGUUAUUUAUUGCAUUAUCAA